UCAUCAUCAUUAUUAAACUUGUUUUCAUCAUCAACAAAUGCUCUGGCUAUAGCAUUGGAAAGUUUAGACACCUCUCACAUCGUCAAAGUGGCGGACACUGAUGAAUAUUUCGCGCAAUUGGCGCUCGCCUCGCGCGGCCCAGUGAGCUUGUCGGUCAAGGGAGAUCCGGGAAGCAAUGAUGGGACAGAGGACAAAAAUGGUGACAAUUCACAGAGCAAUGCAUCAGCAUGGUCUUUUCCAAGACUGUGAGAUAGGUGUUUUACUAGGAGAAGAUGAAGAAAUCAAGUCGAAUGCAUACAGUGGACAGAAACAUUCAGCCAUUUUAAGCGAAGCCUUACGCAAUCUAUCUCACUCUAAUGUUGGAUUCGAUGAUGAAUAUCAAGAAUCGAGCCAUUGCCUUGCUUUGCUCAACUUAAAGCAAGAUGGCAAAAGGGAUAUCGCAAGCUCACGAUUGACUCUAUUACGUGCUGGAGGAGUGCAUGGCAACUACCUCUUAGCUGGACACAUUCAGCCUUCUGAACAUAGUGUUGGAGAUGUAGAUGAAGGAGAUUAUCUGUCGUUGCAGUACAGCGUGCUGCACAAAUUCCCUACUCGAAUAUGUUCUAUCUAUUCGGACAAUCAGGAGGGGACAUUACAACACGGUGGUAAUCAUAGAAGAAUCUGUGUUCGAACCAUUUCAUCAACCUUGUUCGCGGAGGUUAAUAUCGAAACUGGUAUGGAUGGAAGGAUGUCACAGAUUCAAUUAGUUGGACUUUUGGAGAUCAUGCAUGGAAAGUCAAUUCUACCCUCUGGCGUAGAAGGACGGAAGAAGAAGGCUGGCUUCGAACAGUUGCAGACGGCGAGAUCCAAUUCAUCGAUAAGUGAUGUCAUGUUUCAUCCAACUCUGGGAGAUCAAGCUUUGACUGUGGAUGUGCGCGGUACUUUGGGGCUAUAUCAGGCUGAGAUAGUGCCCAUUAGCUCAAAGAGAUGGACUACUCACAAUCGAUGGGAUGAAAUUUCACAAGCCGAUCCAACGAUUGUGCUACCGGAGAGUGACUCUUACAUUCUGAAGUGGUCGCUUGAUUGGCUAGCAGAUGCAGAUAUCGCAUUCCUUACUUGUCAGAAAGGCAUCUUUACCGUACAUGUGCCCACGAAAGAACGUAAAUGUAUCUUCAUUGCUCCACUGGGAAAUCGGAUUUGGUCUUGCAAGCUGAUGCAAGAGCCACGCCCGCUGCUAUGGAUCACCACGACUACGGAUAUCUGUAUACUUGAAGCGGAUCCAGACCUCGAGUAUCGGCAAUUGAUAUCCUUUGCACAUGAAAGGAGCUCACAAGGUGGUCUAUAUGUUACUGCUCUGGAUUUUCAGCUAACAAGCCAAACCGUGGCUCUGUGGAAUUGGAGCAGCCAAUUCCUGCUUACGUAUACGGUAUUCGUUGAAGGAGUUCAUGGCCCGAUUCAUGUGCAAAGCAGACAAGAUGAUCUUCACACAAUGAAGAUCGGGGUGAUGGAGCGACGGGCAUGUCCACCUUUGAUCGUUGAUGCGAGCGAUCAUGCGAUACUGCAACAGACCCAGAGACGAAAUCAGAAUCUCUCUAUUGAUGACAUUGACUCGGCCCGGAUUGUCUUUGAACUAUCCUCCAGUGGAGAUGUAUGGAUAAGCACGAUUAUCCAAGAUGAAAUUCAAGCAGGCAGUAAAGGGUCAAAUCUUGUGAAGCAUCUCACACAAACUACUUUGCCUUCCAAUCUGGAGAUAUGUGCUGCUCGUUCGUUGCAUUCACUCAGUGAGGUGUACACUGCUUUGAUGAAAACAGCCGUUGGAUCUGGAUCAUCACAUGGUACAGACGAUCUAUUUGAACGAAUCGAUAGCGCUUUGCAAGACUGGCCUAGCAUGCUUGAAGUGGAUCGUACAAACGUGAGCACUGCCGUUCUGCCCAUCGAGCUCUUUGCAUCCACAUUGCAGGGACGGAGAAGUGAAAAAGAGGCGAAGCCUUUAUCAUUGCAAGCCUGCGUCGUUUCUCAACAUUUGCUCUACAAGCAAUUUUUGAACUCUUUGGACAGCUUUCUGUACUCAGUGAAUGACCAGGGGGAAGAAAGGAUCAAGAAGACGUCUUUUGCGCCUGCAGAUAUUCUGUCCGAAUCAGGUCAUGCUUUGAAGGUGGAAGACAUUGUGGAAAAGUUGGCUAGUCCUUUUCAUGAUCUGCAAAAGCUAGGAGCAAGGACAUUGAAAGAUUCUGCUGCAAAUGCACAUCGAUUGAACAUUCGAACGGCGGCUCAUGAAGUAGCGGCGGAUUUAGCAUUGACUUCGAUUUCGGUGAUGAAGACGCCGGUGGUAGAUGAUUCGACGUCAUUUGACGAAGAAGCAAGCGCAAACUCCCAGAGGAGAAAAGGCAAGCAUAUCCCUGCUGAUGUGCCACAAUUCGCUUGUUCAUUCUUCAAGCCUACGAGCCGAGAGUCUGCUGUAUCGAGCACGGCAAAUACAAAGACAUUUCAAUCUCGGCUGGGUAAAGUAUCCUUGGCAGCACAUCUUUUAUUGGAUGAAUGGACACUUGGUGAUGAUCCGGCCGAAUAUCAUUUCAGUCAUCCGUACGACGAUGAUGAAGAAAGAGAAUAUAUGGACUACCAGAACUAUUCUUCUGGCAGGACGACGCCUGAAAGCAAUCGAUCAUCAUCAUUGAGAGCGUCACAAAGCCGUAGCAGAACAUCCAGUCAAGUACCGCCAGAAAAUUCGUACCAAGGAUUUGGAUCAAGUCAAUUCCCACGAUCUUCUCAAACGAUCGAAUCGGCUCCUGCUCUGUUGUCGAAUUGGGGCACGCAUUCAAGAGGCAAUUCCAAUAGCUCUCCUUUUCAUUUUCCCAACUCGAGUGCAGAUGCUCAGCCUGCUCCAGAAUCUGCUCCACAGAUGGAGACGUUGGGCAGUCAAAAGCAAUCAUCACAAAAAGCACGAAAGAAGAGACGUGUAGGUGGAUUCUGA